GCUCUUCAAGUGAAACACGCCGAACUGUUCAGUUCAGUGGCCGAGCCCACAACGUCUUCAUCGUCCUCAACGCAUGCUCACACGUCGUUGAAGCGUUACGAUUGGAAUUUUGGUUGCGUUCGAUUGGUCGAAGAUCGCUCGACAAUUCUUGAGCUAAUGUCUCUGGCCGGUUUCGUGGUUUGUGCCACCAACAAUGACAUCGUACCAAAUCUAUUGGACAUAUCACUGAACGUCAAACAUCCACUGUCCACCUCGUUGCUUUUUCCUCAAUACAAGUAUUCCUCACUGAUGAAAAUUACGCUGCAGUUGGCGACGAAUCAGUACAAAACCAAUUGA